AUGACAGAGGAAAAUCUUGACCUCGUUGGCGGCGAAGAAGCGACCUGGACACGCAUGCUGGCCGUGUCCGAAGCCCAGGUGAUCUGGACUCGUACUAACCAGCUGUGCAACGCAUUCGUGACCGGCAGUCUGCCGCAUGUUGUAGAACCGAUAGCCGUCCCAGCUUGGUUAACUACUCCCAGUAGCACCAAGCCCAUCUCUGCGCGUCUCAAUAUCGCUUUGGCUCCCACAAUCAGCAACAUGCUUGAUUGCAGGGAUGUAAUUCUGGAGCUAUUCAGUAAUGGUCGUCAAGUGGAUCUACCUGGAAUCGAAGACUUGCUUGCUCCAACCCUUGCUGCCUAUCCGUUGUGGAUCCGAGUGAAUCCCCAAGAUAGGGUGCUGGAGCUAGUCUGCCGGAUCCAAGAGGAUUCUGGCUCCAUCACCACCUGUGACCAAUUCCAGGUUGAAAACGUGGCUCGAAUCAGUCCGUCUCUGCAUGAAAUCUGCAAGAGCGCGAUCCGCUUGGAUAUUUCGCCCUUCCUUGAGCCUACUAAGGCAAACUACGUCUCCCUCUUCUCUGGGGGCAAUCCGCGAUUUCUCAAGCGUUAA